AUGUUGUUUUCGCCAAUUAUCAUUGCCUGCUUGCUAGCUGUAGGAAGCUCAGAAGCAUCUCCUGCAAAAUCCACGGCCUUGAAUGAUUCAAUUCCCCAGAUCCCGGACCAUAGCAUACUACACAACGUUGCAACCGUUCGCCCGAAAGAGGAACCGAAGCUAACUUCUACCACUACUCAACUGAAUGACGAGUCAAUCACAACAACAUCAAUCCCAUCGGGAUCCUCGCAUGUCGAAACAUCAUCAGCUCCAGAGACAACUCACCAUGACGCAUCGUCAUCCGCCGAUUCCUCAUCCGAGGCCACACCUGACUCCAACCUAUCCGGUACACUUUCUUCGUUGGGGCAGGGCUCUCCGACAGGCUCCAGCGAUGGCAGUAUCGAAGAUCUCGCGUCCGUUGUAAAGGAUCUCGAAGAGCUGCUCACAGGUGCUCGUAGCUUGCUGAAUCCUGAGCUUCUGAGCCAAGUGACUGAUACCUUUAAAUUCAUCUCAACCGGUUUGGCACCUCCAGUUGAUACCGAGCUCAGGCCACUCGUGAUCAACGCGAACAAACUCAUGACUGAUGAGUUUAUCGACAAAGUCAACACACUCAUUGAUAACGCCAACGAACUUUUGACCGGUCAAUUCGUCCAAAAGAUCGACGCACUGGUUGAUCAUGCAAACGAUCUCUUGACAGUCCAAUUCAAUAAGAAAGUUGAUAGUCUGAUUGACAACGCCAACAACCUUCUGACCGUUCAGUUCAGCAAAAAUGUGGAUGCUCUGGUUCAAAAUGCAAACAACCUUUUGACGGUCCAGUUCAAUAAGAAGGUUGACUCUCUUAUUGACAAUGCCAAUAGCUUGUUGAGCGACCAAGGCACAAAGGCUAUCGAGAGCCUUGUCAACAAUGCCAACAGCUUGUUGAGCACCCAGGUGACAAAGGCCAUCGAGAGCCUUGUUAACAAUGCCAACAAUCUGCUGACCCCCGGAUUCGUUGAUACCACAAGCGGCCUGAUCAAAAAUGCAGGUCCUCUUGUCACUCAGGCCAAUGAUCUGCUCUCACCUAGCUUUGUUAAGCAAACUUCGAGUCUCAUCGGUGAAGCCAAUAGUCUUCUCACACCUAGCUUUGUUAAGCAAACUUUGAGUCUCAUCAGUGAAGCCAAUGCUCUUCUCACACCUGCUCUAUCCAAUGCACUCAAACAAUUACUUGGAGAUAUCCUUCCGAUGAUACCAGAACUAAGGCAAUUGAUGCCUGAAAUCAAAGAAUUGUUGACAAAGUCAACUAUCCAUGAGAUUGGGUCUCUUUUGACCAACGCCAACACCUUGCUCAGCCCCGGUUUUGUAAACCAGACAUCCAGCUUGAUCAACAAUGUCGGCGGCCUCCUCACACCCGAAAUCGUGAACGGCCUCAGUGGCCUCCUCGACGAAGUGACUCCUAUUAUUCCUGAGCUCAAACCUUUGAUUCCCGAGCUCAGGCCUUUCAUCCCGGAGAUCAAACAACUGCUUCCUCAGGCGCUUCCUUUCCUGACACCGGCUACUAUGGAAGACUUGGGAUCUAUGCUGAUGAAUGCCAACACUUUGCUCAGCGCCGACUUUGUCAACCAUACAUCUACUCUGGUCGGCGACGCAAACGACCUUCUUACGCCUGAGCUUACGAAAAACCUUGGUGGCCUUCUCGAUGAAGUGACUCCUCUAAUCCCUAAGCUCUACCCCUUGAUUCCCGAACUCAAACCACUUCUCAAACCGGAUAUCAUGAAGGAAAUUGGGUCUCUCGCUACAGAUGCGCUGCCCUUACUCAAAGAAAUGGUGAACUCGAUGAACUCGCUUUGA